UUCCUCAGUUGCGAAAGUCAUUGGAAUCAUGGUGGGUCUGAACCUUUUCGCGCGCGCGACGUCGCGCUCCCGCACCGCGAACGCCGGGUCCGAGAACCAGAUGCUUGCCGAGGAACCGAGCUUCUCCAAGUCGACCACUUCUUCGAAUAAGCGCCUCGAUUCGGUUUCUGACGACGACAGCGAGAACCCGCUACACAACAAGCGCCAAAAGACUGCGGCGACGACGAACCUCAUGUCUGCAUUUUCAUCCAAUCUGUUGAAGAAGAUUACGUUCAACAAGUCCAGGAGUAGCGACGAUUCUCGUCCAGAACUCGACGGCGACCGCGCGAGCGCCAUCCGAGUCGUCGAGCGGUACCCCGACGGGUGUUACGUCGCCACCAAGUAUGGUACAGCAAUUGUGCUCCAAUACCGCGAGGCCGAAAGAAUGUACGUGUUGCGCAUGGUGUACAACGCCGUUUCCUUCUUUCAUGCAUCGGCCGUCGUGCGAGAGAUCAAGUGCAUGGUUGGCGACCGCGUCAAGACGAAGUGGGGUAACGCACGACCUCUGUUUUCCUUCGUCCUCGGCAUCUUGUUGCGAUGCUCGUAGGCAUGGCGACUGUGGAGCACUACUAUGUAGACGAAGACAAGUACAGCAUCGCCCUGGACUGGCGCUGGGAUGAUGACCAUGUUUGGCGCAUGAAAGCCACGACAAAGAUGUUUGAUAUCCCGACACCGGCCAGUGCCACUCUAGCGUCGCGAGCUACCGCAGCGCGGGAACUCGUGUCCAAAACAAUCGGCGACUCGUACUCGUCCACAGCGCAGCGCAUGAGUUCUGUGUCGUCUUGGCGGCCGUCGCACUCGUCGUAUGCGUCCCUGAUGCGCCUCAACGCGUCGUCUGCGUCAACAGCCAAAGCAGUGCCUGUUUGGUCGCCUGUGUUUGGCGAAGGGAGGUUGGAAGCCAUUGCGGACAGCCAAGUUGCUCAAAUUCGGUUUCUCCGAUGUGGCGCCGUUGGGUACCUUCAACCGCGGACGUACACACCGUUGGACUUUGCAACUGGAGACCGCAUUGCAACCGUCUAUGGUGUCGGGCACGUCGUGGCUGUGUUGAUGUCGUCGGGACACUCUGGGCCCGUCUACCACAUUCAGUUGUCAUUGCACAAUUCGAUGCUGUACACGGUGAAUCCAUCGUCGAUCCUGGCGAAGAAGGUGUCUGCUGCCUCGCUCCCGUCGUCGUCGUACUCGUUCAAAUUGCCAUCCUACUCGUCCACCUUGCCCAAGUUUCACCUACCGUCGAUGCCACAAGGCGCCGUGCCGUCUGUCUUGUCUGGAGCAUCAUCCAAACGCACGGAGAAGUACAUGGUCGGCGAUGUCCUGCGCAGCCCAACUUUUGGUCUUGUCACCAUCACCGCCAUCGGUCCAUCCAACGCAUCCGAUGACGAUGUCGUGACGUGUUCGCUCGACAACUUUGGGUUGCACACAGCAACGGCAGUGUCCAGUGCAAAAUUGUACGUGGCCCUGAGCCAAAUGGAAGCGACCUUCCCGGACGGAGUCAUCCCCGCGCGGCGCACUCUCACGUCGCUCUAUGAAAAGACCAAACAAGCCGUGUACACGUCGUCCACGAUGCUGUCGUCGGCAAAUGGCGUGCUCAAAGCGCAAGCGAUGUCGGUCAAGUCGACGCUGGAGGACUUGGCCGCGUUCAAGAAAGGACCCAAGUUUGCGAUCGACCAGCGCGUGCUGUGCCCGUUGUUUGGUUCAGGCUUCGUCAUGGGCAUUCGCGACGACGGCGUAUACAUUGUAGGACUGCGUAAGCUUCGGAUCACAGCGUAUUUUGCCGAGGACGUGCUCAAGCCGUUCCCGUACGACCGCGCAACACACGUCAUUAUCGGCGACCGGUCGCUCCCUGUCCCGAUGGAAGUGUACCAAGCCACGAACAAGAUGUCUCGAAGUGCGAUCAUCCGGGAGUCGAUUGCCGCCCAAGCCCACGUCCGCGCGACAUUGAGAAAGUAGAUAAAACUGUAUAGAAUGCUGUGUUCAAAUCAAGUUGUUACCGGUGAGAAGAACCCAAUAACGCCGCCAGUUUCUCGUCGGCGACUCGACGCUCCCGCUCGUCUUCCUUGUCUCGCGAUUUGGCCGUGGAUUGCAUGAUGCGACCGAGCAGACCGACAUUGGGAGCAAUGCGGCGAGGACCUCGGGAGGACGAUGAUCGACGAGCCUCUUGUGCCGACAAAGGGGCAUCGUCGUGAAAUGCACUAUCUUCCUCUUUCCGCGGCGUUUUAGAGCUCUUCGACGAGGACGAUGGAGACCUGCUGGGGGAUAUCCGCCGACGGCGUUGUGCCGAUUCCUUGGGACUGCGGCUACGACGGCGAGACCAUCUGCGACGCUCUGGACUUGCGCUUCGGUGAUGAGUGCGGUGUCCGCUUACACUAGUCCUUCCUUCCCGCCCCCUUUCGUCCCCUGCAUUGUCGUACCCAUGUCGUCGUGGCGACCUCGAUCGCGACCUCGGCAUUCUUCGGACAGGGACGGACGCACUUAU